UUAAUCGACUACAAGGAGAAUCUUUUUGUGAAGAAUAUAUUACUACACCUCAAAUUGAAGUUGCUAAUAUACAAUGGAACUAUAAUCAAACAAAUGAUGUUAUUAAAGUGGAAAUUUGGGAUGUGGUUGAUAAAGGUAUCAACCCAACAAAUACUAAUAAGAGACCUACGACGUCAAAUGCUGCAUUGAAAAUUGAUAAUUCACAAACUCCAACUAAACCAUCGCCAUCCCGUUCCUCGCUUCUGCCACCGGAUCAACUUACACUUGAUGCUGUAACUAUAGAUGUAUAUCGCAAUACACAUGGCGUGAUAUUGUUAUUUGAUAUGACCAAAAAUUGGACAUUCGAUUACGCUAUUAAAGAAUUAAAAGCUAUUCCUAAAAACAUUGCUGUAUUAUUGCUGGGCAACUUUAGCGAUCUCAGCUCGCGACGUGUAAUUACUCAAUCACAAAUCUAUCAGGCGAUAUCGGAGGUCAAUCGUGAACGAAUAUCAGAAUAUCCUUCAUCCAAUAUGGUUCGGUAUGUGGAGACUAGCAUGUUAAAUGGACUUGGUCUAGAAUACAUUUACAAGUAUUUUGGGGUUCCUUUCUUACAAUUACAGAGAGAUAUUCUUCGCCAACAAUUGACUGCAAAGACAAAAGAAUUAGCAAAACUUCUUGAUACACUGGACAUCGACGAUAGUGCCUCUUCAGCUGAAAAGAAGCACAGUAAUCCGACAGAUAUUACUGAAGUAGAAAACAUAGAAUCAGAAUUAGGGAAAGACCGUUUGGAAGAAGAAAAAAUACAAAUAAAAAAAUUAUGGGAUAAAGAAUUUGAAGAAUUACCUCAGCAAAAAGAAUCAGUUGAACUUUUAAAUUCAAUACCACCGGCAUUACAAGUGGAACAACCUUUAUCAAACACUCUUCUACAAAAACGACCAAAAGCAGCUACGCCUGAUAUAACAAUAAUCGAUGAAUUCAAUGCUGGAGAUUUGGAAGAUGACUUUUUCGACGAUGCUCCCGAUCCAGUUGUGGUAUUGCCUCCGGUCACCCAAUCUAAAAAUGAUGAAGUAGAAGAUGUGGAUUCGAAAAAUCCGAUGGUUGCCACCGACGAGGAUCUUGUUGGAGUUGAGGGUUAUGAUGAUGUAGAAGAUGAUAAACCCAACAUCCGUCAAAGUUUCAAUAGCGAUCUUAAUGAUAUUUGGAGACACCGUUACAAUAAUGUAACUUUAGCGAGUCGAAUAAGUGAUAGCAGCGAUGACGAGUUACGACAAACGAUAUCUGAACAAGGAGAUUUGCAUUAUACUUUUGAAGAGGCAUCCUUUGAUACUGGAGGAACGCCUAGUGGCUAUGAAGAGAUUGGUGAAGGUCAAAACAAUCCAUGGGCAUAA